GCGAAAGCUGAGUGACAGUUUUGAUUUAGAAAAGAAAACCGUUGGAAAAGAGGAGAUUGCUAACCGACUGUUGGUCGCAGCAACGGCUCAAAAACUGGAUUCUCACGGAAAAUAACGUUAAACGGGGAGUCCUGCGCUGCCACCUUGCUGACCUUGCUGCCGAUUCGGACUCGAGCUACUGCCCUGUGGUUCAGUCACCCAGCUGAACUCAGACACCGAUCUCAAUCCAUUUAAAAUGGUGCAAAACAAGAACACAGACGUCACGGGAUUCCAUCGCUCUUAUAAGGUUGAAAACCCUUUUGAGAAAGAUGAAUUUGCCAAAAGGGAAUCGCAUAUGCGGGAAGCACCGUUUGAUUUGGAUCACCCCCCGAGACCUGACAUGCCGUCCAGCGAGCCCAUCGACAUCCCAAACGCUAAGAGGAGGAACAAGAAGAAAAAGAGAUGCAGAGCUACCGACAGCUUCACUGGGCGCUUUGAAGAUGUUUACAGACUGCAGGACGAGGUUCUUGGAGAAGGAGCUUAUGCAGUUGUGCAGGCGUGCAUCAACCUGAUCACAAACAAGGAAUAUGCAGUAAAGAUUAUUGAGAAAAGGCCGGGGCACAGCCGGAGCCGUGUUUUUAGAGAAGUGGAGAUGCUCUAUCAGUGCCAGGGUCACAGAAACAUCCUGGAGCUGGUCGAGUUCUUUGAAGAAGAUGAGAAGUUCUAUUUGGUGUUUGAGAAACUGAGAGGAGGUUCUGUGUUGACUCACAUCCACAGAAGACAGCACUUUAGCGAACAGGAAGCCAGCAUUGUGGUGCAGGAAAUCGCCAGUGCUCUGGACUUCCUACACAGCAAAGGAAUGGCACACCGGGAUCUGAAGCCAGAGAACAUUCUCUGUGAGCAUUGUGACAGGAUUUCUCCAGUGAAAAUCUGUGAUUUUGACCUGGGCAGUGGAAUCAAGCUGAACAGUGACAGCUCCCCCAUCUCCACUCCUGAGCUCCUGACUCCGUGUGGCUCAGCGGAGUACAUGGCUCCUGAAGUGGUGGAGGCCUUCAAUGAGGAAGCCAGCAUCUACGACAAGCGCUGCGACCUGUGGAGCCUCGGGGUCAUCCUCUACAUCUUGCUCAGUGGAUAUCCGCCAUUUGUGGGUCGCUGCGGGACCGACUGUGGCUGGGACUGGGGAGAGCCGUGUCAUGCCUGUCAGAACAUGCUGUUUGAGAGCAUUCAGGAGGGAAAGUAUGAGUUUCCAGAGAAAGACUGGGCGCACAUCUCCCCCGCUGCCAAAGACCUCAUCUCCAAGCUGCUUGUGCGGGAUGCCAAAAACCGCCUGAGUGCGGCUCAGGUGCUGCAGCACCCGUGGGUGCAAGGGUGUGCUCCAAACAUGGUGACGACAUCUAUACUCAAUCAGAGAGGGGGUCGUGCUCAGGACCUGACUAUGUUUGCCAGCUGUGCGGUGGCGGUGAACAGGCAGUUGGCGGAGCAGGAAGAAAGUGCAGAGCAGCUGCAGCAGCUGCACUUGGAGAAUGAUGAUGGUUUUCCGUAUCCGCUGCUCCUCCACGGCAGCCUGAGCUCCAUCAUGCCGCUCUCGCCCCUCACCAGGUCACGCCUGGCCCGGCGCCGGCGCGCCAGCAGCCCAAACCACGGGCCGGUGUGCGCGUCUGAAUUACGGCAACUGCUCGCCCCACUGGUGGUGGUGGGAGACUGCGCGUGACCACCACGCAUACAUACAUGCUGAAAAAGUGAUGCACUGAACGUACUUGAUUCAAACGUGUGCUCUAUUACAUCAGCACAAAUUAUUGCCAAAGUAAAUAAUAUUUAUAUAAAUUUAAUUUAAUUACAUAAAUAAGUAUCUAAACUCAAUUUUUUAUUAUAUAGAUGUUUAUUCUUGUAAUAAUAUCUACUGCAUCAACACCUUUCUUGCCAAAAAAUAAACUAAACAACACAAUUGUUGAUGUAAUAUAUUUUAUUAAUGUUUAAAUUAUGUACGUUUGAAGCGAGUAAAUUCAGCGUAUCACUUUUGUCCGUGUCUGUCCUUUUGGACCCUCCAGCUGGACUGUGCCUGAAAGCCCCCAGACUUUUGUUCAACAUGGGGCAAUCAAAGCACUUUGGAGGAGUCCAGAUACCUGUAGCACUUACACAGAAAAAAGCAUUAAAAACCCUCAGAUCACCCCAGAAACAUGUACUGUGAUAAGGGGGCUUCAGAAAUGACUUUGUUCGACAAUGUUAGUUUCUGCUUGGCUGUAAAAGACAAAAAAAAGACUCUGGACAAAAGCUGAGAAACCAAAGGAUGUCAUGGAGUGCUGCCUCCUCAUGGAUCCCACUGUGAAGAUUGGAGUAUUUGUUCAAUGCAUCAGGAGAUAAAUACCUUUUGCUUUUGCCUUUCUGUACUCAUAGGGAUCUGCUCAGCACAGCUGUGUACUUAUGCAACCUCUGAGACUCGUGUCUUUUCUUGUCCUUUCUUAGAAGGGGCUGCUGGCAGACCACACUGUUGGUUAAUGCAGGGUAGAUUUUGGUUAAACUUGGUGCUGAGGCCUGGAGACUUUUAUGCAAGUUGUCUAACAGGUUGCAUACAACAAGAGCAGGAGAGGCUCAGAUUUAAUUUAAUUUUUUUUUUUGUUUUAUUUCAUCUUUUCAGAGAAGGUGAGCCGCUAUUGUUAAAAACCAAUGCUGGGAAAUGAUUUAUUUUCCCUUUUUGCCUCUUUCCCUGACAGAUUCAAGGGCUUUCUUUGUCUUUAAGCUGACGGAGGCACAUUUCAGCACCUUGCAGCCAAUUACUAGAAUGUAAAUUGUUGAGUCCCAGGUGUUAUUUUUUGUUUUCCAGGUUAGACUAUUUAGACUCUUAGUCUCCAUCACUGAUUAAGGUCAUUGUGAUGCCUUCAGCUGUUCAAACACAGCUACAUUGACCAAUUAGUACAGGAGCCCUUCCCCCCAGAUAGAAGAGGAAAAAAAUGCUUUGCCUUCUUUUUUGGCAGCAGUAUGUAAAAAUAUUGACUUAGUAUGUCGAAACAUGACAUUCUCAAAAAAUAAUGAUUUAUUUUCUCAAAAUAGUGACUUAUUUUCUCAAUUUUGACUUGUCA